AAUAUAACAGCAACGUUACAACUCCCGUUCUUCAUUGCUUAUCGCGACUUAUCGCCUAACCGUGUUUACAACAUAUGUAGGCGUACAAACAAAGUUAUCCUUCACAAAGAAAAUACCAAAAACAUAAUCGGGUUUAGCUGUAAGAGCGGCAAGUGAUCAUGGACGGCCAGGCACCCUAUGCGGUCCGGCUUGACCCUGGCGUGGCGCAGCAGUUGGCCGAUCAGGGCGGCGCUCUGCUCAUCUUGGACUUACCAGAAGGGUCUUACUUCGGUAUUGAUCACAUGGCCUUUCACUGCGGACCUCGCUUCCGCGGCAUCAAGAUGUUACCGCCAGGGCCGCAUUUCGUCUGUUACAGCGUCCCAGGCUCUCAGCGUCAUGGCGGCGGCAUGGGACCCCUGACCGGCUUCUUCGUCAACAUAACAGCAGCGACGGCGGCCGGAGCUACAGGAGCAGCAGGCAGCGGCAGCAGGAGUACGACGGCAGGUGGCGGUACGGUAAUUGUACGGCGGUACGAUGCGACCCAGGAGUUGCUUGUGGGGCUACCGGAGGAGGAGGCGGAGCGCUACGCCCAGGGUGUACGGCGGUACGAAUUCGACUGGGGCCUGGCGCCGUACAACCUGAACGCGUGGCGGCAGUGGCGCGAGCUGACGAGCUGCCUGGAUGCGCGCAUCAUGGAGGCACUGCAGCCCAUUGGGG